AGCAGCACAAUGUGUUGACUGUGGAGCAAGAAGUCUUAUCAAUGAUAGAAUGUGUUAAGCUGCAUAUAAAGAGAAGGCCUGUUAGAGACAGUGGCUUCUAGCAUCAGACGACUUUCAAGACUGAUCAAAGGAACAGGGAAGAUUACUCAAAAAUUACCCACUUGAAAUUCUCCAACUCAUUCUAAUGGCACCCAAAGAGCCAUUGGUGAUAUCUGAUAAGGAUGAGAUGAGGAAAUGGUCAAGGGCCAUGAGAUCCCAAGGCAAGGUCAUUGGGCUUGUGCCCACCAUGGGUUACCUUCAUGAAGGCCACCUUUCUCUUGUCAGAGAAGCUCACAAACACACCAACGUUGUUGCUGUCUCCAUCUAUGUAAACCCUGGUCAGUUUUCACCAACUGAGGACCUUUCCACAUACCCUUCUGACUUUGAAGGAGAUAUCCAAAAGCUCAUGUCUGUUCCUGGUGGUGUUGAUGUUGUUUUCCAUCCCCACAAUCUUUAUGAUUAUGGAUUUGAUACAAAAAAGGGUGAUUUUGUUGCGGGAGAGGGUGAUGGGGUGGUGUCUUGCAUUGAGCAGAGUGCGUUGGGGCAUGAAACUUGGGUCAGAGUUGAGAAGCUGGAAAAGGGUCUUUGUGGGAAGAGCAGGCCAGUUUUCUUUAGAGGGGUUGCUACCAUUGUGACCAAGUUGUUUAAUAUUGUGGAGCCUGAUGUUGCUGUGUUUGGGAAAAAGGAUUAUCAGCAGUGGCGAGUUAUUCAGAGAAUGGUUCGAGAUCUUGAUUUUUCCAUAAAAGUUAUAGGUUCUGAAGUAACACGCGACAAUGAUGGCCUGGCAAUGAGUUCUCGUAAUGUGCACCUUUUACCCCAAGAGAGGGAAAAGGCACUAUCUAUAAGUAAAUCAUUGUUAAGGGCUCAAUCAAUAGCAAAAGAUGGUCAGGUGCAUUGCGAGAAGUUGAGAAACUUGGUCAUCCAAUGUAUUACCGAAGCUGGUGGAAGGGUUGAUUAUGCUGAGAUUGUUGAUCAAGAGAGCUUGGAGAAAGUGGAAGAGAUCAAGAAUCCUGUUGUCUUCUGUGUUGCUGCAUGGUUUGGGAAAGUCAGGCUUAUUGACAACAUGGAAAUCAACUUGUAAAUGGAUUUUUAAAUUUGAUCUGGUGUUUCAUCUCAGAUACGGACCUCAUGGUUAAUAGUUCUAGCAGUUAAUGGGGUAUAGGACAUCUCAGAUUUUUUUCUACAAGCUAUGCAUGAUUACUUGUAGAUAAUGCAUUUUACCACCUUAUAAAAUGCUACCAACGGGACUGGUUGGAAUGAGGGAACUGGUCUGUUUCCUCAUAAAUUGGACAAAAUACUCUUUCUUGGAUUAUUUAUCAGAAGAGUUCAACUAUUUGCUGAAUAACACUUCCAUGAAAAUGGAAACGGAGGAUUGAAGUUUGCUGACUGCAAAACAUUAGAUGGAAUAAUUCGGACUGGUCUUUGUAUCCUAAUUGUUAUUUUUUUAAGAUUAAUUUAAUGGUAUGACUUUUAUUUCAGCAAAACUAUGCUAAGGACCAAAAGGCCAGCACAAGGCACA